AUGCUUAAUUUGGUACUCGACGACAGGCAUCCUGCAAUCCAAUAUUCUCCCGUUCAGUGGGGAGAGGCUGGCUCUCAAUACGAAUACAACCUCACCAAUACCUGGACCUCCUCGCUGGGAGCGACAGCAAAGAUCAGGUUUUCUGGUACAGGUAUUGCGGUCUAUGGAACGAUUGGCCCAAAAUACAGUGGCCAAGACCCACUCUCGUUGUACACCCUCGAUAAUAAUUCGCCUACGACAUAUCACGGCAAAGCAGAAGCCAAUUCCCAAUACAGAAAGUUAUUUUUUCAGUCACCAGUACUCCGCUCUGGAAUACACGAAUUGACAGUCACCAACGGCGCAGAGGGCGUCGUGUUUUUCCUCGAUUAUUUUCUCGUUAAUUCGGACACCAUUGCUUCGCUCUCAUCUUUCCACCACCAAUCAAAAACAGCCGACCUAGCAUCACAUACAGUAACACAGGACACGUUGUCUACCGGCGUCACGGGCAAUGUUCAUGGCACCAUUAAGGGUAUCCGAAGGACGGCGUUGGUGGGUGGCUUGACUGGGUUAUUUAUGCUUGCGCUCGUCAUACUUGGGUGUCUUUUGAACCCACCGAGGUGUCGUCGUUUAGUUGAGAAGAAUCAUACCGGUUGUGGUACAGGCUCAGGGAAUGGUCAAGAAGUGGACUGUGCAUUAUCGCAGGCGACACCUCUCUCGUUGACUUCAAAACCGAAGCACCCAAGGAGAGUUGCUUUCCGUCUAACACCCACUUACCUUCCCGUCAACCCCCCUGUUUAUGUCUCCCCGAUAUCUCGAGUUGGGAUUCCGGACAUUCGUGACUCAACAGCGAGCCUUCAUCAAAUUUUUGAGCAUAGACUCAAUGGAAUCCAAGCAGACAUCUCUCUUGCAUAUGUGAGAAACAACAGAAACCGGGACGGAUAG